CGGAAAUUAGAGACCAGAGGAACAUUGUAGAGGAAGGAGAUGGCGGUGAGAGUUAGAGCAGUGGAAACCCUACCAAAACUGAUGAGAAGGCUGAGGAAAGACUCGCCCUCUUCAACGAUGACCCAAAGUCCAGUCUUGCCAUCCCCCAGGCGCGCUUUCUCUCUCUACGAUCAGAUCAAUCUUAUCGAUAAUGUCCCUGAUGAACAGCUUCGUUUCCAACGAUACACGGAAACUGGAUUCACUGUCAACGGCGUCAACUAUGAAGGCAGCUUGCUUUGUGUGGAAAAUUUGGCCACUUAUUGGGGCCCUCGUAAUUUUUCUGAAAUUACUCCUCAAAGCUUAUCCGUCUUUCAAAUCAUACGUCCUAUUCCAGAAAUCUUGAUUCUUGGCUGUGGAAGGAACAUUGAACCUGUAGAUCCUGAACUCAGGCGCUUCAUCAGUUCUACUGGCAUGAAAUUGGAACCCUUAGACUCGAGAAAUGCUGCAUCUACUUACAACAUACUGAAUGAGGAAGGUAGAAUUGUGGCUGCUGCAUUGCUCCCAUAUGGAGUUUCUUCAUAAACUUCGGUACUCCCAAUUUUAAUGUGUCAGGGUUUUGAUUUUGUCAGAUGAUGAACUAUUAGAUGUGUGUGCUUAUCUUGAUACAGCCAUGAGAUAAAUAAGUAGUUACCGCUCCAUGAUUAAUUGACACCAGUUUUUAUUUUGUGCCUAGGAUUUUCUCUGUUGCCCCCUCAAUUUUCGGGGAAUGUAGAGGAUUUGAACUUUGAAUAAAAUUCUAAAACUGUAGCCAUUUCGAAUUUUGUGUAACUGUAGCUAUAAGCUGAGCUGAAAGGAGUUGCAGAAUUGCUGUGUAUGUACUUGAUGGAUCA